UUCACACAUGCGCAGUUUGCAUCUUCUCAUCACCCGAAGGCUUACUAGCUAACAGACUGCUGUUGCUGUAACUAACGUGCUUUUCUUUCAAUAAAUACAUUUUUAAUGGAUAUCGACGGCGGUGCAUAUGAGCCUGGAUUUGUUGGGAUACGAUUCUGUCAGGAAUGUAAUAACAUGUUAUAUCCAAAAGAAGAUAAGGAGAACCGCAUCCUACUGUAUGCUUGCAGGAACUGCGACUACCAGCAAGAGGCAGACAACAGCUGCAUCUAUGUGAACAAGAUCACCCAUGAGGUUGAUGAACUGACGCAAAUCAUUGCUGAUGUUGCUCAGGAUCCAACGCUGCCGAGAACAGAGGAUCAUCCCUGUCCGAAAUGUGGCCACAAGGAGGCGGUGUUCUUCCAGUCACACAGUAUGAAGGCUGAGGAUGCGAUGCGAUUGUACUAUGUCUGCACAGCCCCUCACUGUGGACACCGCUGGACAGAGUAAACGCUGGGAAAAACCUCCACCCAAAACAUGGACUUCAACACGCAUUCAGUUUUUGCAAAGAAUAUUUCUAGUUGCAUCUUAUAACCUCCUGUUUUUAAUUGUGUCUGAUUUCAUUAAAAACCUUUUUUUUUGUA